AGUGUGUAUUUUGCCGUGUUGCAGAGCGGAUGUCGGGUUAUCCAUAAAGUUCGCGUUCGCGUAUAUUUAAAACAAUUAAUACAAUAAUUAAAAUUGUUAUAAAAAUUCGUGUGCUAAAUUAAUAUUAUUUAAAUUUUAGUUUAUCUACAAAUAAAUGUUAUGAUCAAAAUGAACUUUUAAAAAUUGUUUAUACCUAGACUUUAAAAAAAAAGUCUUGAAUUUUAAGCUCGUCUUUCUGUAGCUUGUUUAGUUUUGUGUAAAUAAAAUGAUGAUGGCAAGUGCGAAAAUUUUACGGGACUGCAGUUCAGAGUUGAGUUCGGAUGUGCGGUCCCUCUCUGUCGCCUCUUCGACAGAAGAGCAAGAUUCCACCACCACGGAGUCAGAGUACACCGAAGAAGAAAAAGAAUAUGAACUAGAAGACUUACAAAUAUUAAAAACAAUUGGUACGGGCACAUUCGGUCGUGUAUGCUUGUGUCGCGACAAAGCCGCUGACGAGUAUUUGGCGAUGAAAAUAUUGUCCAUGGCCGACGUUAUUCGUCUCAAGCAAGUCGACCACGUCAUGAACGAGAAGAAUAUACUGGCGGAGAUCAAUCAUCCUUUCAUAGUCAACUUGCGCUGGUGGACGCACGAUGACUCGUGCAUUUACAUGCUGUUUGACUACGUGUGUGGCGGUGAACUUUUCUCUUACCUGAGAAACGCGGGCAGAUUCAGCAACACUAUCGGAAAUUUUUACGCAGCGGAGAUUGUCUCGGCGCUAGAAUACUUACACGCGAGGAACAUAGUUUACCGGGAUCUGAAACCAGAGAAUUUACUGUUAGCCAAAGAGGGCCACCUGAAAAUCACAGAUUUCGGUUUCGCGAAGAAACUAACCGAUCGCACAUGGACUUUGUGUGGGACACCCGAAUAUCUGGCGCCGGAGAUCAUACAAAGCAAGGGACAUAACAAGGCCGUCGACUGGUGGGCUUUGGGUGUUCUUAUUUACGAGAUGUUGGUCGGGUACCCACCUUUCUACGACGAUAAUCCCUUCGGAAUAUAUGAGAAGAUUCUAAAUGGCCGCGUCGAAUGGCCUCGGCAUUUGGACCCUGUGGCCAAGGACAUCAUUAAGAAGCUCUUAGUACAAGACAGAACGAAAAGAUUGGGCAAUAUGAAGUGUGGCACGGAAGACGUGAAACGACACAGAUGGUUCAAGCAUUUGGACUGGGCCGAUGUCUAUAUGAAGAAACUGCAGCCGCCAAUAAUACCUUCUGUGUCAUACGAAGGGGACACAUCCAACUUUGACGAGUACCCGGAAACAGAUUGGAAAUCGGUCCGAUCUCUCGACCCCGAAGAAUUGAAAUUAUUCGCCAACUUUUGAUCUUGGAGUUGGUGUAGCUUGUAGAAAUUGUAAUGAGUUAAUCCGGUGGACAUCAUGUCAUCGCUAACCACACUCGGUUGUACUCGCAGUGUUUGGAACGGUCAACGGUGUAGUGAAAUGUGUGCUCGCUAAUGUUUAAAUAGUGAUUCAUUAAAACGUCCAUUUUGUUAGUUUUCAGUGUUAAACUAGUCGCUUGUUCUACAACGUUUUUAUUCGAAGAUUCUGUCGCGUUUUUUGAGUUGAACUCUAUUCUCAUUUAGUGGUUAACUGAGUCCAUAGACAUUGCAAUGUCAUUCGUUUAUAGACAGCCGUUAUGUAAUUCAGUCGAAACUUGGUCUCCAGAUGGUUGGCGUUAUUUACGUUGUGAUGUCUAUUAGCUCCAAGAAUAAUUUUACCAGGCAGGACGAAGGUUCGUUCAUGUAACUACACAUACUACAAUAAUGAAGUCAACAUUUCAAUUGUACCUAUUAUUCCACGGCGGUCUCGCUCUUCAAACCUGAAAAGAUACGACUGCUCCGCGGCGAAAAUAGAUUUUUAAAUAUUUAUAUAUUUUUAUAAAUCCAUCUUUCGAGGCAGAAGAUGGGCAGGGAAGCUUUUCUUACUCGUCCGGACUCACUAUACGCUCUACUACCCGCAUAAAUACGCAAUUGAUCAUUUUACCGGUUUGAAUUUCAUUACACGAUAUUAUUUCUUCACCGUAGAAGACAUUCGUGAACAUUCAUGUAUCCCAUUAGAAAAAUUUGAAUUUCAACACCGGCAUACCAGCAUCGCUCGAUACGAUCACACCGAAAAUCUUAUCUUCUAGGCUACGAAGAUUGAAAGUACUUUGGGAGCACAUUUUCUGCUAUACCCAACGAGCUGCCUGAAUCUUUAUGGAUAGUUCGCCUUCUUCUAACGCGAACGGCAUAGAUAUAUAGACAAGUUUUUCUUAAAGAUAUGGUAUAAUGUACGACUGGUUUUAAUAUUGUCGGGAUAUCUUACAUUAAUUAGUAAUAAAUUAAAACUUUAAUAUCACAAGCAUCAUAGAAUUUAAAUGUAAAAUCUAUAUUAUACAGCCGCGACUUAGAAUUGAAAACAAACAUAUUAGUUGAUUCAAAACGACAGUGUUCUAAUCUGUAUUAGAAAUUUCCAAGAAAAUUUUGUCUUACGUUUCUAAUAAAAGUGUAAAAAAUUUAAGUCCUUAACUUGUUGUUUCGGGUUAAAACAGAUCCUCCUUUGUGACAUAAUAAUGUAGAUAAUUAUUAUAUUUCGAGGGGUGAAAGCCUUGUUUUGUUUAAGCGACAUUUCGCUCAAUAUACGACAUUUAUCUUUGUGUGACUAAAGG